GACAAUGAAAGAUGGGAAGGACCACAGACCUAAGGAGAAGCGAGUAAGCCUCCUGACUCCCUCGCGGGCUACAGGUAGUGGCGCUAUGGCUGCAGGGGACAGUGGCAAGGCAGACGAUAAACAGGAUCAGAACAAGGAGAAGAAAGAGGUGCUGAGCAAGGUGGUCAUUCGGAGAUUACCUCCCACUUUGACCAAGGAGCAGCUCCUGGCACAUCUUCAUCCCUUGCCAGACCAUGAUUAUUUUGAAUUUUUUUCUAAUGAUACGAGUCUGUAUCCUCAUACGUACUCCAGAGCGUACAUCAACUUUAAAAACCAACAAGACAUUCUUUUAUUCAGGGAUCGCUUUGAUCGUUAUAUAUUCCUUGACAGUCAAGGUCAGGAAUACCCUGCUAUAGUAGAAUUUGCACCUUUUCAAAAAGCUGCAAAAAAGAAGAUCAAAAAAAGAGACAACAAAGUUGGGACUAUUGAUGAUGAUCCAGAGUAUAGAAAAUUCUUGGAAAAUUAUGCAACUGAUGAGAAAAUGACAUCUACUCCAGAGACACUGCUAGAGGAAAUAGAAGCAAAAAAUAGAGAACUAAUAACUAAAAAGACAACCCCACUUUUGAGCUUCCUGAAAAACAAGCAGAGAAUGAGAGAAGAAAAACGAGAAGAAAGGAGGAGACGGGAAAUAGAAAGAAAAAGACAAAGAGAAGAAGAGAGGAGGAAAUGGAAGGAAGAAGACAAGCAAAAACGGAAAGAUAUCGAAAAGCUAAAGAAGCUGCUCAAGAAACCAGAAAAAUCUGAAAAAGAAAUGGACAGGAGAGACAAAUCUAUGAAGUUGGACAAAGAGAAUCUGAAUGAUGAUAGAGGCAUUGGGGUAGCCUGCACACUACCCAGACGUUCCGACGUGGAAUUUAAAGAUGAAAGAUUUAGGAGAAUGGAAGAUGAAUGUGGCAGAGACAAUAGGGAAAGGGACCGGGAUUAUGAGCGAGACCAAGACCGUAAUUUUUGGGAACGAGAGAGGCAGAGGCGUCAGGAAGAGGAGCAAUGUCGGAGGCAGAAGGAGAGGGCAUUUAAAAGAAAGGAAGAAGAAAUGAGAAAAGAGAAAGACUUGCUUCGCGAUAAAGGAAAGAAGGCCGAAGCUACUGAAACCCUGAGUAGCUUAGAAAAACUUGAAAAGAAAGACGAAGUGAUUAAGAGAGAUCGCAUAAGGAAUAAGGAUCGCCCAGCAAUGCAACUUUACCAACCAGGAGCUCGAAGCCGAAACCGACUCUGUCCCCCGGAUGACAGCACAAGGCCUGGGGAUUCGACAUUAGAAAAAAAGCAGGAAAGUGGUAUUAGCCAUAGAAAAGAAGGUGGAGGGGAGUAAUAGGUCCAGGUUCCCUUAGGUGUCCUGUCUAGGCUGCCAAAAGAGCAAGUAUUAAGCAAUCCAGAAGUGCCUUCAGGGCAAAGGGAUAUAUAGGGAGAAGGAGUCGCUGUACUGGUGGGGUCCACUGCAGAAGAAUGUGUUUUAUGUCAAUGCAGGAACCAGAUUUAAGGUUUAGACUGGAAGUACAACUUUAUUGCUUAUGCAGUUCCUACAAACAGUUUCCAUGUGGUAGAGGUGAUGAAGGUUACAUGAGUUAGAAUUUGCAGGCCAGGAAGCAGCAAGCAGUGGCCUAGUUAGGGCAUAAGGAAACAAGUGGGCAAAAAAGGUUUUGUUACCCCUAGGUUGAAUGUUCUCAGAUGCAAGCAGAGCAGUCAUUUGGAAGUCUCAUUCCCCUCGAGGUAUAGUCAGGCACUAUUGGGGAUAACUGUUGAUGCAGCACGCAUGUCAGUAUAGCAAAAAUGUCCAGUGACGGGUGGAGUAGAUAUUUGCCUGUGCACAUAUUUUAGUCUCCCAUCUGCUGUCUAGAUCCCAAAGUUUCAAUAUUAGUUGUAGUUGCUUUACUUAGGAGAGUUUAGGGUGCAGAGACAAUCUUUCCCUUUGGCCUUAAGCAAGUUUUUCAUUGUAUGGGGAAAGCUGAAACUUUUUCUGAUUAUUGACAAACCAGUCUUUGUUUUAAUCUUGGGUCUCAUGAUCUGGGUGCAAAAGCUCUUCAGUAAGGAAACUGCAAAAAGUUCUUGUUC